AUGCAAAGAGACCAAGAGAGUUUGUACGAGUAUUACUCUCGGUUCAAGAGGUUAUUAGAAUCUUGUCCACACUAUGGAAUGAACACUCAUUUGCUCGUUAGCUACUUCACUGGAGGUCUUUGUGUGGAAGAUAGAAGAUUGCUCACCGCUUCUAGCAAUGGUUCCCUUUUGAAAAAUAAGACGGAGGGAGAAGCUUGGAAUUUGAUAAAGGAUGUUGCCGAAGCUACACAACAUACAAGGGUGAGAAGUAAUCCUCUCAAGGGUGUGGUAGAACCGUCCCCUUCCGAAUCAAGCCUAACCAAAGCACUUGGGGAUAUGACCACCAUCUACACGCAAAUACAAAAGGAUCAAAAGGAAUUCUACUCCAUCCAAGCCAUUCAAGCUCCACCUCCAGUUGCUCAACUUGAAGGCCCUCCUAGGAUUUGUGGUUUGUGCUCUAGCACUACACAUUACACCGAUCAAUGCCAUCAAAUUCAAGAAGAACAUGCCCUUGUAGUGGCCAAUGUGAAUUACAACAACCAUCCGCCCUAUCCUUCUGAAGGCCAAAACAACUACUCUCAUGGUAGUAAUAAGAAUCAAGGGUGGAGGGAUAAUGCACAAGGGAGCAAUCAAAACCAAAGAUGGAACAACUCUUCUUCUCAUCACAACAACAACCAAUCUUCAUCUCAAUACCACUACAACAACAACUACUACCAAGCCAACCAAAAUCACCACAACCAAAACCAAAACAACUACACCAAGUACCAAGCUCCACACCAUAGACAACAAUCUAACCAAACCUCUCUAUCUCCCACCAAUCAAGUUGACGAGCUUAGAGCCGCUGUGGAUAAAUGGGAUGAGGGCUAUAAAGCUCAAUUCGAGGCCAUGAGUGCUCAAUUGGCCAAUCUUACCAAUAUGAUUUCGACGAUGUCCAUGUCCUCCUCCAACAACACCAACCAACCCUCAAGUUCUUCUAACUUUCCAUCCCAACCCCAACCAAACCCAAAGGGCGGUCUCAACACCAUCACUCUACGGUCGGGAACUAUAUUGGAGGAGAUACCUCCAAGGGUCUUGGAGAACAUUCAUGAGGAAGAAGGGGUUGUUGGAGCUCCACAUGAAGAAAGGGAGGUAGACAAAUGGCAUGAGGAAGAAGGAGUAAACCUCAAGGAACCCAAGAGGAAAGCUCUAGUGGAUGAGUCCAUCCCUAUUCCAUUCCCUUCCAUGGUGAAGAAAGCAAAGAAGACACCGAAAUUUGAUUUGAACAUGCUUUAA